ACACUUGGCAGGAUGGCGGGGAACCUCAGCGCAGGUAGAGUACCACCACGCGCACCAUUUAAGUGGGCAUCUUGCGAGAAUGUGUCAAUGAUGCCAGCAGUCUGGCUGCUGUUGGCCUACGUGACGUCGGGCGGAGGACUAGCAGCACCCGGCUGUACCCACGCCCCAGCCGGGUGUGGCGUCCUGUCCCUGGCCAACCUGUUUGACCGAGUCAUCCAGCACUCGGCCAGGAUGCACGGCAUCUCCAAUGACCUGCACUCCGAGCUGCAGGAGCAGUACUUCCUCCCCAGUAAGAAUCACAUCGGCAGGGUCAGCCGCAACUGUCACACCUCCACCCUCCUGACCCCCGACGGCAAGGAGAACGCUCAAAGGAUGGCACGAGAGGAACUCACUGAGGUGAUCCUCAAGCUCCUGGUGGCGUGGAGGGACCCCCUGUGGCACUUCCACCAGAUCACCGCCCGCCAGCCCGACCUCGCCAACUUCAGCUCGGACAAAGCCCUGGAGAUGAGCGCCAUGGUGCACGAGCUGCGCAAAGGCGUGGAGAAAGUGGCCGAGAAGAUGCAGGUGCUGGGAAUGAUAAGCAACUCGGUCAGCAGCCUGGCGUCUCUGGAGGACAUAUUGGCCUCUGAAAGCGGCGAGUGGCGCCUGAUGAAAGACUACGAGCUCCUCUACUGCUUUCGCCGAGACUCCGACAAGAUCCAGAACUACCUGAAGAUCCUCAAAUGUCGCAUCGUUCCCCAACACGGCUGCUGAAUGGGGGAAGAAAAUAGAACUUUCAAUCGCACAGUUUAACUUCAGGGAACACGUUGUCAUGGAGACGGAGCAGUUUUUCGAAUAUGUUUACCGUUACCAAGGAAGCAAUAGUGACAAGCUCCAUGCCUCAUAAGCACAGAUAGCUGUUUGUAUCCGUUUUCAGUGUGAAUCAUUCCAAAAUACUGCAAUAUAAAAUGUUGGAAGAAACAUCGGAGCCAUGUUUUUGUCAUUCUUCAUGAAAGGACCAUCACUAUGUAUCCCACAGGGCAUAUUCCUAUUAAGUGGCAUAAAACAUGGUAAAAUAGCUCAUUCAUGGUAAACAUGACAGCUCAAACAGACGUAGGGCGACACUCACUGGUCACAAUAUUAGGUACGUAAACACUUCACACACUUGCAGCAUUUUGAGUGGGGCAAAAUGCAGAGCACUGCACCCCAAUGUUGCACUCAACAAGGCAAAACUGGUGAGCAGGCAGCAACAGACACACACAACCCUCAAUCGUCGCCUACAUAGAGGAAGGGGAGGGACUAACUAAAAGGAAAGAAGAAUAGGAAUGGCCAUAUAUGGUCAUGGAAUUAGGUACGCACUGUAUUGACGACCACAGCCAGCGUAUUUUCUGAUCAUGAUGUUUUCAGCUGUACCUAACGUUGUGACCAGCUGUGUACUUUCCUCCAUCCAUUUGCUACCGCUUGUCCCUCAGGGGUUGCCGGGGUCUGCAGCCUAUUCCAGCUGCACUACAGAGGCUAAAAAGGUCAAACAAUUCAGCCUGUAGAAGUUGAUUUCGGUGUAUUUAUUGGAUUCUGUACACUAAUAAAAAAAGAAUUGA